AUGGACAUCACAGCCGAAGAACAGAAACAAUCCCUCUUGAAGAAUGUCGAAACCGGAGCCGGAGAGCCUCAGACCAAGUCGGAAUGUCCAUUAUUACAACCAAUAUUAAAGCAACCAAAGACCAAGAAACAAAAGAUCGUGAGAAAGACGUUCAAAGGAACCACCAUUUUGUCAAAGCUUCUGCCUACAGGCUCCGCCCUAACGUUCCAAUUACUGUCCCCGAUUUUAACGAACAACGGCCGGUGCAAAACCGAGCUCUGCCAAAACUUGCUGCUCGGCCUCGUGGCGUUUUGCACCGGAGUCUGUUUCUUUCUUUCGUUCACCGAUAGUCAUAGAGAUGAAAGAGGCAAGGUCCGAUACGGGGUGGCUACGUUUAGAGGGCUAUGGGUGAUGGAUGGCAAGGUUGAACUUUCGGAAGAGGAGGCAAACAAAUAUAAGCUCAAGUUCAUUGAUUUCCUCCAUGCUUCGGUGUCGAUAAUGAUUUUCAUGGCACUUGUUUUGUUCGAUCAAAUGUUGUCAACUGCUUUCGUCCGAAGACGGCAGAGGGUGGUGAUGAUUUGUGGCUGA